AUGGCCAUAAAGGUCUUGUACGCAGUAGGGCUGUUCAUCAAAACCGUGCUGUUAUGCUGUACAGCUGCACAGCAAUGGGAGGCUACGGGCCAGCCGGAAGUUUCCAAAUUUGGGAUGAUGCUUCAACGCCACAUCUUCAAGAGGAUCACGGGGGCUGGUCUUUCAGAUGUGUGCUUGCGGGGAUGCUAUGCUGACGUCAGAUGUCAAAGUUUCAACUACGUCUUUACGCAAGACAUUUGUGAGCUGAGUAACCGAACCAAGGAGGCGAGACCAGAGGAUUAUGUUCCGAACCCUGAGAGAUUUUACUUUAAGCGAGAUUACAAACGAGGUUUGUAAAUUUUUUUACUGUCUUCUUCCCUUUAAAGACAUUUUCAGAACGCAGAAUUUCAACCCAAAAUUAAUAAAUUGUGUCACAUCACUUCCCUUUAUUGCCUUAAGUCAAGUCGCCCUGAAAUUGAGUGUCCACACCCCCAAGACUAACAUCAAAUCUUGCUUACUUGGAAUACUAUGCCACUAUGAUUGCUAUUUCUUUCAGUCCCUCUCGGUUCCAUUCCUGAGCUGCCUGCGGAGACUUGCCAGGAAAUCAAAAUGAGCGAAGGAGGACAAGCGGUCAGCGGCAAAUACUGGUUUCACUCGAUUGUACCCGAGAGGACUGUUCUGGCUCCUUGUGACAUGAAAACCGAAGGUGAAUUCAAGCGUUUAUCAAUUCACAUCUUCUACAGACAAAAGUCGGUUAACCACGAGCAAAAACGUCGACAGAGAUGUUAUGGGUAGACUGCAACCACCUGACCCCUUCCCCCAUCCCAAUAUUCAUAGGGGGAAAUGAGAAAAUAAAGCAAAACGAAAUAAAAUAAAAAUAGUAAGAUAUCUGACGGAAACAAAGCUAUGGAGGAAUGCUAUAAUCUCUCUUAAACUGAUCGAUUUGAGAACAAGUCAAAUAGAAUGAAAAAAUUUCUUUUUUGACACAGAGAUAAUCAUUCAAUAGCAAAUUGCUAUCACAACUUUAUAGUGACGAAAUUUAACGAAUAGGGAAGGGGAAAUUUUGCUUCCUGAUGGGGUCGUACAAAGCAAAAUUUUGGCUCCCACCGGAAGUAAUUGGUCUGAUGAAUCCACGAACGAGUAAUAAUUCAGCGAAUACCCUCCUUUUUUGCUUUUAAACUAACCGCAGACUAUUCCGUUUUUUCAGACGUGGACGAGUGUAAUUCGACCAUUCCCGUGUGUGACGUCAACGCUGAGUGCGUGAACACCAUCGGUUCUCACAGUUGCUCGUGCAAAGCUGGUUUUACUGGAAACGGAAAAAAGUGUGUCGGUAAGUUAGUGAAAUGACUUUCACUAUUGCCUGAAGCAAUUCAUUUUAAAACAAAGCAAAACCAAAACAAUUUCGGCUUAAUCUGGACACUCGAUUAAAAAAAAUUGCUUUAAUAACCGAUUGGAAUUAUACCCCGCACCAUGUCACGUUCAAUUGCUUAUACGGCGAGACGCUUUCGCCAGUAACCGUCAUUUUCGAUCGACUCUUGCUCUUGAGUUCAAACCAUUUAGUUUUUUAUGUAUUCUCUCAGAUAUCGACGAAUGUGCCAAUAAAUCGCAUGACUGUGACGUCAAUGCCUACUGCAACAAUACCGUUGGUUCCUAUCGAUGCACCUGCAAUUCCUGGUACCAGGGAAACGGAACAAGCUGCCAUUUUCGUGAGUUUAAGUAAUAUUGAGAUACAAGUGACCUCAGUUUGUUAUGAUACUCGCAUUUCGCAUUCUCUAUCUUUCUGUAUCGUCAUAUGAAGCUUACAAUUUUGGAAAUAUAUUUUUUUAACAUGAGUCGGUCCUCAAUCGAGACCAAGAUGGAAUUCGUCCCAAAAACGGGCGACAUUAUGACCCUUUACUCCCUAGCAUCAGUACAGAUAUUCUCUAUACAUACCGUAUGGUACUGCCAAGGGGAAUUUACUUAACAAUCAAGAGCUUCAUAACUUGGUGAUUAUUUCCCAUGUUUCUAAUGUUUGGUUCAGCAUUAAUACGGUAAGGAGAAGUUAAAUGCCAAACCCUCUUAGGGGUUAAAGGGUUGAAGAAUACGUCUCACUUGGCGCCUAACUUACCACCCCCCCUUAAAAAAGAAACAGUUUCAUUGAUCUUUACAGUUUGUUGCUUACAACUAUGUCGAACUUUCUAUCUUGAUCAGCCGAAUCACUCAGAACUUUUUCAUAGUCAAAAAAAGCUGCAGAAAUGUUAACGUGAGUUUUUUUGACCAAUUGAAAGUUUCAAAAUGCGAUUAAUUUUAGUAGCCAUUAUUCUCUUUGGUAAUUCCUCAAUAGGCAGGUACAACAACAGGAUAAUAGUACCCAAUGUAAAUAAGAUCCUUACCACCUGUUCAUAAGGUCGGACAGCACUUGCUUCGGUACCAGCUACUUUUUCGUGAGUUUAACUAACACUGAGGCACGAGCGACCUCAGUUUGUUUUGAUCCUCGCAUUUCGCAUUCUCUAUCUUUCUUCACCGUCAUAUGAAGCUUAUAAUUCUUUGGAAAUUAGUUGUCAAAUAUAUAUAUAUUUUUUAACAUGAGUCGGUCCUGAAUCGAGACCAAGACCCUAGGCAAGACGGAAUUCAUACAUACCGUAAAGUACUGUCAAGGAAAUUUGUUUGACAAUCAAGAGCUUCAUAACUUGGUGAUUAUUUUCUUUAUUCCCGUGAUUCUGAUGUUUGGUUCAGCAGUAAUACGGUGAGGAGAAAUCAAAUGCGAAUCCUUUGAACUUUUUAUGUUGAUCAACCUUAAUUCUUAAUUUUUCAUUCUUAUCACGUUUUUAUCGCGUGGUUUCCUCUAAUUCUAAGAAAACAUUAGUUGGUGCAAAUAACGAGGCGAGAUAUGAUCAGGUGUACUAGGUCUAGCAAUCUGGAAUGUCAUAAAAACACGCUUUCAUCGUGUAAACGCGUCUAUAAGGGAGACAGUGUGUCCAUAAGAGCACCUCCCAGUUCACACGGGGUCGGAAAGGCAAGUUGUGUCUUAGAUCGAUGUGCGUCACACAACGGUUGUCACGCUGUAAUUCGUAAAAACGAAAAAGCAAGUUGUAGACAUUACCACCACCAAGAUGACGAAUGCAACAUGACGCCAAAUCUUCAAGGUAGGGCAAUCCUUACCUUUUCUCCCUUUUUCGGUUUUCGUAUAGGUGGCCUUAAUAAUUCCGUUAUUCUUACCAGCCUCGACUACAACAACUACACAGGUAAGCUGCUUUCUUACCUAGAGCCAGUCCUCCUGAGUUCAAAAUGGAGCAGGUUUGUGAAGUGUUGGCAUGCUAAGACAGACGGCUGGGCAGCAUCGACAUUCCACAGCAACUGUGAUGGGAGGGGACCCACAGUUACAAUCAUAAAAGUGAACGAUUACAUAUUUGGUGGAUACACCGAUGUAUCAUGGAGCAGUAAGUAGACUUUGGCCAUUAAUUUUUUUUUUGGUGCAAAGUUUGAGAGAUUUAGAAGGGAAAAUAAUUAACGUUGAAAGGCAGGGAAUCUAGCUUGGUGUCUAAAACAGAAAAACAAAAUGUCCCCUAAAAGAUGUGAAAUUCUUGGUAACGUUACGUGCCCAAAGCCAUGUCUUAGGAUAGAAAUCUAAGCAAUAGCUGUUUGAAUCGUUUCUCAAAAAACCGAUCCACUUUUGUUUCGUCACAUGAUAUUCUCAUUCUUUGAAUUUCAAAACUAUCCAUAACUCGAUCUCGAAUGCAAAAAACAACUUUUUGGGGCUGGUCCCAGAUCGUACACCUGUCUAAUCUUUGGAUGCAUCUCUGCAUCUCCCUUUAAAUCAACAUUUUAGGUACCUGUUUUGGGUCUUACUCCACCAAAGCCUUUUUAUUCUCAUUUAACAACGUCAAAGGAUACAAUCCCGUGAAGCUGACACAAUACCGAUACCAGCAAUACGCAAUGUACACAUGUUCCUCUUACGGACCCACUUUUGGUUGGGGACAUGACAUCCACAUAUAUGACGACGCCGUAAACAAUCAAUAUUCUUAUACUGAAUGCGGCCAGACUUACUCAAACCCCGCGGGUUAUUCGGGUGAAAACUGUGGAUUUUUCACAGGAAGUCGUUAUUUUACUCCAUCUGACAUUGAAGUUUUCUUCGAAAUAGGUAAGUUAUUGUACAGUAACACUUAAAACCCUGUCGCAAAUAUGCAAUGAAUAAAAAAAUAGACUUUAAUUCUCAGCAACGUCAGGGAUUCUAGGAGCGCAUGCGCUGAACCCUAUACAGCAGCGAAAUACUAUUGAUGUUAUUGUGGCAGUACUGGUAGAUAAAUUGUAUCUCAGUUCCGGGGUAUCAGUGUAUAUCAACUAAAUCAGGGAACAAAUUGAUCUAGAUGCAUGUUUUGCUAUGAAAUUGAAUCGCUGAGUCGGGCCGAAUCAGACAGUUCAGACCAACUGAACUGAACUUUUGGUUCUUGAUUUUCGUUUCUUGGUUUACAUGCACUUGAGAAAAUGUGCUCCCGUGGAAUUUAGUUGUUUUCGCGGGGAAAUAUUAAGUUUUAGUGGGAUCACAUGGUAAGCACCUCAUCCUGUGAAUAGGAAGAUCUGGGUCUCGACUCUUCGUGGAAAACUCCCACGGUUGUGAAAGAAGGAAUAAUAUCUUUCUUUUUUCUAGAACGUAUGUUAUUGUAAUUUCAUUCGAGUUUCUUUUACGCACACAGGUGGCCUUGGUGCAUCUGAUAUUCUUGGAAGCCUGGACCCCAAUAAAUACUUGGGAAAGCUGAUUUCGUUUUUAGACCCAGUUCUUCCCACUGCAUCCCACAGUGACUUUGUUAGGUGUUGGCAUGCUAAGGCAGACGGCUGGGCGGCAUCGACAUUCCACAGCAACUGCGAUGGGAGAGGACCCACAGUGACAAUCAUCAAAGUGAACGAUUUCAUAUUUGGUGGAUACACUGAUGUGUCCUGGGGACCAAGCGGUGAGUACGUUUUUGAAUAAUAAAAUUUAUAUCACUGCUGUAUCAUACAGUAGCAUUUGAUAAAUUUAGAAUCCAAAUAUAUUUUCCAUCUAAACUGCACUUAAUAAGUGUCGCAAAGCCAAAACCAAGGUCAUUAAAACUGGCCAAUCAAAACAAAGGACAAGAACAAAAGCUGCGCGAGGCGCCAGAAAAACGCCACAUACCAAGUCACACUUGGUAUAAGACUGAUUGACGUAUCUCAGGGCCUGGACCAGAAGCCCCAUUCUCUCCCCCCCUCAGGAUCUCUUGGUGCGUUGUAACGUUUCUAUAUGGCUCCGCUAUGACCCUUCAAAGUGCUCUCGUUUAUAAGACUCUAGUAAGGGUUGGUUAACCGCCAUAGCGAGUUUAUAGAAGCUUCAAAAUUCGCUGCAGCUGUACCCACCUUUAUUAACUUAUACUUGUCAUCCAUUCGUAGAUCAUCCCGCUUCUCUUUUUUGAGAGACCUCAAGGAAUCGUAGGAUGGUCUAACAAUUGACUAAUAGAACUUACAUUUACUAUGUUCUCACAACGCCACCCAUAAUAUAGGUUCAUGUGGGAACUCCCAUGCUUGGAAAGCCUUUCUCUUCUCCUUUAACAACAUCAAAGGACCGAUCCAUUUUGUUUUGUAUCUUGAUAUUCUUAUCGUUUGAAUUAAGAAACUAUCCAUAACUCGAUCUUAAAUGUAAAAACGGCGAAAAAAAAUUUGCUUCUUGUGGCUGGUCCCUGAUCCUAUACCUGUCUAAUCUUUAAAUGCAUCUCUGCAUUUGCAUUUUAAUCAACAUUUUAGGUUCUUGUUUUUGGUCUUACGCCACCAAAGCCUUUUUAUUCUCAUUUAACAACGUCAAAGGAUACAAUCCUGUGAAGCUGACACAAUACCAAAACCAGCAAUACGCAAUGUACACAUGUUCCUAUUACGGACCCACUUUUGGCUUGGGACAUGACAUCCGCAUAUCUGACGACGCCGUAAACAAUCAACAUUCUUAUACUGAAUGCGGCCAGACUUACUCCAACCCCGCGGGUUAUUCGGGUGAAAACUGUGGAUUUUUCACAGGAAGUCGUUAUUUUACUCCAUCUGAUGUUGAAGUUUUCUUCAAAAUAGGUAAGUUAUUGUACAGUAACACUUAAAACCCUGCAAUGAAUAAAAAAAUAAACUUUAAUUUUUAGCAACGUCAGGGAUUCUAGGAGCGCAUGCCCUGAACCCUUUACAGCAGCGAAAUACUAUUCAAGUUAUUGUGGCAGCAGUGGUAGAUAAAUUGUAUCUCAGUUCCGGGGUAUCAGUGUAUAUCAACUAAAUCAGGGAACAAAUUGAUCUAGAUGCAUGUUUUGCCAUGAAAUUGAAUGGCUGAGUCGGGCCGAAUCAGACAGUUCAGACCAACUGAACUGAACUUUUGGUUGUUGAUUUUCGUUUCUUAGUUUACAUGCACUUGAGAAAAUGUGCUCCCGUGGAAUUUAAUUGUUUUCGCGGGGAAAUAUUAAGUUUUAGUGGGAUCACAUGGUAAGCACUUCACCCUGUGAAUAAGAAGAUCUGGGUCUCGACUCUUCGUGGAAAACUCCCACGGUUGUGAAAGAAGAAAUAACAUCUUUCUUUAUUCUAGAACGUCUGUUAUAAUAAUUUUCAUUCGAGUUUCUUUUACGCACACAGGUGGCCUUAGUGCAUCUAUUAUACUUGGAAGCCUGGACCCCAAUAAAUACUUGAAAAAGCUGAUUUCGUUUUUAGACCCGGUUCUUCCCACUGCAUCCCGUACUGAUUUUGUUAGGUGUUGGCAUGCUAAGACUGACGGCUGGGCGGCAUCGACAUUCCACAGCAACUGCGAUGGGAGGGGACCCACAGUGACAAUCGUCAAAGUGAACGAGUACAUAUUUGGUGGAUAUACUGAUGUGUCCUGGAGCGGAGGCAGGCAUAUCAAAUUUUUUUUAAGAGGAAAUAAGACAAUUAUAUAGGAUCAAGUAUCGUUCCUUUUGGGAUUCAAGGGAGGGGGUGGGAGAGGGUGCUGAAGGAAAUUUUAAAUGAUGCUCCUCUGAUAAGAGCGCUUAGCCUUUAUUAUUUUAUAUUAAUUUUUUGGCCAUCAAGAUUUCUUCACACCUAUAUUGUCUAUAGAAUUGUUUCCUAUUUGAUACACCUACAGAACAACAUUAUGUCCUAACACGUCUAGUAAUGAAAACACUUAGAACAGAGGGAUCUUUUCCUUUAAGUCUCAAAACGUUUACUCGCUUUUCUUCAGAAUAACUUCUCAAAUCUUCCAUAAUUGUUUUUGGUACUCGUUUCAAUACCUAAACUAGUAAAAUAUCUCCCUCCCUUUCACAAAUCUCUAGUCUGGAAAAAAUAUCUCCCCGUCUAGCUCAUGAUAGAAAAUGAACUCCCCCCCCCCCCUUCUCAGAGGGUUCGUGUUUUCUUACAACUUUUUAAUGUACGAUCACAUUGUUCUUCUAUUUCAGCUGGUUCUUGCGCUUAUUCUUACGCCAAUAAAGCUUUCAUCUUCUCUCUCUAUAACGUCAAAGGAUACAAUCCCGUAAAGUUAACACAAUACCGAAAUCAGCAAUAUGCAAUGUACAGAUGUAAUACGCAUGGACCCACCUUUGGGAAUGGUCAUGAUAUCUACAUAUCCGACGGCUCCGGAAACAACCAAAACUCCUACACCAGAUGCGGUUACACAUACACGAUACCCUCUGGGUACUCUUAUGGUGACUGUGGUUUUUUUACAGGGGGGUCUAAUUUCUCUCCAACGGACGUCGAAGUAUUCUAUGAAGCAGGUAAUCAAGAAAAACACCCCUUUCCGAGGAUAAAUACUUUGUAGGGCCUGUAGAAAUAUCAAAUCGUGUAUUGUAGAAACAUCCUCAGAAAGUUGUGCUCCUAGAGUACAGAUAGCUUACUUUUUGUCAUUUCAAAGGAAUAUGCAAGCCUGUAAAGUCUGUUUCGCCGCAUUCAUUUAAGUUCGUCACACAAUAAGUGCACAGGGAAAUAUUGAGUUUGAAUGGGAUCACCUUGUCCUGUGAAUAAGACGUGGGACCCUAAUUUUUGUGAAAAACUCCCUCGGUUGUGAAAGAAGAAAUAACAUCUUUCUAUACUCUAGAACGCCUGUUAUUGUAAUUUACAUUCGAGUUUCUUUUAUGCACAUAGGUGGCCUUGGUGCAUCUAUUAUACUUAGAGGCCUGGACCCCAAUAAGUACUUGGGAAAGCUGAUUUCGUUUUUAGACCCAGUUCUUCCCACUGCAUCCCGUACUGACUUUGUUAGGUGUUGGCAUGCUAAGACUGACGGCUGGGCGGCAUCGACAUUCCACAGCAACUGCGAUGGGAGAGGACCUACAGUGACAAUCAUCAAAGUGAACGAGUACAUAUUUGGUGGAUACACUGAUGCGUCCUGGAGCGGAGGCAGGCAUAUCAAAUUUUUAAGAGGGGACAAGACAAGUUCAUUCCUUUUGGGAUUUAAAGGGGGGGGAGAAGGUGCCGGAGGAAAUAUUAAACGAUGAUCCUGUGAUACUAGCUUUAAACCUUUAUUUUUUCAUAUUAGUGUUUUGGCCAUCAAGAUUUCUUCACACCAGUGUCGUCUAUAGAAAUGUUUUCUAUGUGAUACACCUGCAGAACAACAUUACAUCCUAAAACAUUUGCUUCAAGUCUCAAAAAUAUUUACUCGCUUUUCUCCAAAGUAACCCCUAAGAUCUUCCAUAAUUGUUUUUGGUACUCGUUUCUAUACCCAAACUAGUAAAAUAUCUCCCACCCUUUCACAAAUUUCUAGUCUGAGAAAAAACUCUUCGUCUAGCUCAUGAUGGAAAAUGAACUCCCCACCCCUCUCCUUCCUCAGGGGGUUUAUGUUUUCUUUCAGCUUUUUAAUGUACGAAUACAUUGUUCUUCUAUUUCAGCUGGUUCUUGCGCUUAUUCCUACGCCAGUAAAGCUUUCAUCUUCUCUCUCUAUAACGUCAAAGGAUACAAUCCCGUAAAGUUGACGCAAUACCGAAAUCAGCAAUAUGCAAUGUACAGAUGUAAUACGUAUGGACCCACCUUUGGCGCUGGGUGUCAUCAUGAUAUCUACAUAUCCGACUACUCUGGAAACAACCAGAACUCCUACACUAGAUGCGGUUGUACGUACACGAAACCCUCAGGGUACUCAAAUGGUGACUGUGGUUUCUUUACAGGGGGGUCUCAUUUCUCUCCAAAGGACGUCGAAGUAUUCUAUGAAGCAGGUAAUCAAGAAAAUCACCCCUUUCUAAAGAUAAAUACUUAGUAGGGCCUGUAGCAAAAUCAAAUCGUGUAUUGUAGAAAUAUUCUCAGAAAGUUGUGUUGCUGGAGUACGGAUAGCUUACUUUUUUGUCAUUUCGAAGAAAUGUGUAAGCUUAUUAAGUCUCUUUCGCAGCAUUCAUUUAAGCUCGUGACGAGCCUGAGAGGACUUGCCUGAGUUGCAGCGGGGGGUUGUGGGUGUUACAAGAAAAUGAAGUUGGUGGGGCCACUUGAAAGAACGCUUGAGCUAACAAACAAAUUUAAGACAUGCUUUGAUGCUACUCUUGCUUAAAGAUUUAAUGGAUGUAACCGAGAAGUUACAAUUCAUAGACCCAAAGUUUCGACACGUAAUCAAGGAUGAUGGUGAAGGCACUAGACAGGAGUGUCGAACUUUGGGUCUAUGAAUUGUAACUUCUCGGUUGCAUUCAUUAAAUCUUUAAACCAGAGGAGCAUCAAACCAUGUCUGAUUGUCCACCUGGUUGCUUUGUGAACUUUAAAACAAAUUUCAUUCUCUCUGCCGCAUAAAAUACCGCCUGGUAGACGGGCUGGGAAUUUUCUAACUUGCCGGAUCGGUAAUGUAAGAUUGUCUAGCGAGCCAAACGAGGGGUAAUGAAAUUAUCACUUUAGAUUCAAAGGCAUCACAGUCAAUCAAUCUUGUUCCAUUUACUUGGCCAACUGUAAUUUUUUCCUCUUCUUUUCUCACUUUAGGCCUUGGUUUGUCCGCCAUACUUCGAAGUCUUGAUUACAACCAGUACCUGAAGGUGCUGUUUUCGUAUUUGGACCCAGUCCUUAUCAAUAAAGAGCGUAGCAGGUUUGUGAGGUGUUGGCACGCAGAGACUGACGGUUGGGCAGCAUCGACAUUCCACAGUAACUGCGAUGGGAGGGGACCCACAGUGACUAUCAUUAAAGUUAACAGUUAUAUCUUUGGUGGAUACACUGACGUGUCCUGGAACAGUGGUGAGUAAAAAAACAAGCAAACAUUUCUCACUUGUAGAACAGAUAACAAGUCGAUUAGUUGUGGACUUUUCUAGUAGCAGUGAGUUCAUCUUAGAAACAGAAAAUGUCACAUUAACAACUGAGAUACCAAAGUAGAUUGACUCGUAAAUAGCCUGAAAACGCGUUUGAAACGGAUUUCAACUUAAAGUCUAGUUUCGGAUUUGAUUUUUGAUUUGAUUUUGAUUUUGACUUUAUUUGAUUCUGACAGCUCCAUUUCGUGCCAUUUCUCCGUGUUUCGUUGUAUCCGUUAUUCAUAUUGGAGAGCUGAAACAAAGGAUGUUUAAUUAGUGCUCUCUUUAGAUCAUAUGUCGCCUUUGAAUGACACUUUGGACUUUAUUUCAAGUGCUUUUGUUGAAAAGUGAAAAUAUGCUCUCGAGUUCACUGAAAUUUUUUCUAACAAACUUAAGUGUUCGGUUCCAUUUUGGCAAAUAAAAAAUAAAAUUUUUUUAUGGUGAUCAUCAUGAAUUUUUUCUGAUUCGCACAGUUUCUAAUGCUCCUAAAUCCUUUCAUUUUAGGCUGUGCCUAUUCUUCAGCCAGCAAAGCUUUCGUUUUCUCUCUUUACAACAUCAAAGGAUACAAUCCUGUGAAGCUGACACAAUACCAAAACCAGCAAUACGCGAUGUACAGAUGUUCCUCUUACGGACCCACUUUUGGUUGGGGACAUGAUAUCUACGUAUCAAGUGACGCGAAAAACAAUCAGCACUCUAAUACUGAAUGCGGCCAGACGUACCAAAACCCCACGGGUUACUCGGGUGAAAACUGCGGAUUUUUCACAGGAAGUUAUCGUUUUACUCCAUCUGACAUUGAGGUUUUCUUCGAAAUAACAAACUAA